AUGUUAAAUAUUACUUGUUUUAAUUUAGGACCUAAAUUUUUUAAUUUUGAACAACGUUUAGUACAAAAAUUAUUAUAUUUUAAUAUAACUAAUUAUAUUAAAGAACUUAUGUUUUUAGGAUUUGAAUAUUCAUUUUAUUUUCCUUUAAUUUUAACUUUAGAAAGUACCAAAGGUUUUUUUUUUACAUCUCCAUUAUUACGAUAUAAUGAACUUUUAAAAUUAAAUUAUAAUAUAAAAGAAUAUAAUAUAUCUUAUUCUAUACAAAAAAAUAUAAAUUCUUAUAUACCUUUUUUAAAUUUAAUAAAUUCUUUUAAUAAUAUUAAUGCAUUUUCUAGUUCAUUACAUCUUAUGGCAAAUACAGGGGCUAAAGGAGUAUUAGAUACUGCAUUAAAAACUGCAGAUGCAGGAUAUUUAACACGUAGAUUAGUUGAAUCUAUACAAGAAUUAAAUAUUAAAGAAUAUAAUUGUGGAUCUAAAAAUUCAUUAGAAUAUGAAUUUCAAAUAAAUAGUAAAGGUACUUUAAUAUUACCUUUUUUUUUAUUACUUUCUGGUAAAGUAUUACAAAAAAAUUUAAUUGAACCUACUACAAAAAAAAUUAUAGAAUUUAAAAAUAAUUAUAUCUCAGAUAAUUUAAUAAAUAAUUUAUAUAUUAAAUUUAAUUCUUUACUUAAAAUAAAUACUUUUUCUAUAAAAACAUGUAUUUCAGGUAGAACAAUUUGUUCUAAAUGUUUUGGUCAUACAACUUUUAAUACAAAUAAUUUAGGUAAAAGUAUAGGAAUUUUAUCUAGUCAAGUUAUAGGUGAGCCAGGAACUCAAUUAACAUUAAGAACUUUUCAUACGGGGGGAGCAUCUACUAUUUUAAAAUCUAAUAUAUAUAUAAAAAAUAAAUAUUUACUAAUUAAAAUAAAUACAAUAUCUUUAAAUAAAAUAUAUGAACAUAAUACAGCUAUAUUAUUACCAAAUAAUAUUAUUACUUCUGGAAAUUAUUCUAUAAAUAUUUUAUUAUUAAAAUUAUUUUCAUAUAAUUUAAAUUUUUAUAAACAGGAUCAUUCUAUUACAAUGUCACAUAUUUUUAUAUUUAAUUUAAUAAUUGAAUCUUUAUUAAAACAAUAUUUUAAAAAUGGAAUAAAUAUACCAAGCAUUCAAUUUGAAUUAAUAGCAAAAAAAAUGACUUCUUUUGUAAAAAUAAAUUAUAUUGGAGAUAGUUCUUUAUUAGAAAAUGAUAUAUUUGAGUAUACUAAAUUAAAAAUUCUUAAUUAUACUUUAUUUACAUUAGGAUAUAAACAAAUUUUAUAUAUUCCUAUUAUUUUAGGAAUUACUAAAAGUAUUUUAGCUUGUUCUGGAUUUUUUUUAUCUAUUAGUUUUCAAGAAAUAAUAAAAUAUUUAAUAAAAUUAAGUAUAGAAGUUUCAACAGAUUGGCUUAGUGAUCUUAAAUCUAAUAUAAUUACAACAGAUAUAAUUAAAACAGGAUCUGGUUGGCAAAGACAUUUUAUUAAAAUAUAA